AUGUCCUUCUCCGACUUCACUAAGGCUGACGCCCUCAAGAACUUGAACGACUACUUGGCUGACAAGUCGUACAUCGACGGAUGGGUUAACCACAUCGCCUCGUUCGCUGACGAAUUCGACACCUUGCCCGAAGGUAAGGCCCCCGCCGGUGCCGCUGCUGCCCCCGCUGCCGCUGCUGAAGAAGACGACGAUGACGUCGACUUGUUCGGCUCCGACGACGAAGAAGCCGACGCUGAAGCCGAAGCUUUGAAGCAAAAGAGAUUGGCUGAAUACCACGCCAAGAAGGCCGCUAAGGGUCCCGGCCCCGCCGCCAAGUCGAUCGUCACCUUGGACGUCAAGCCUUGGGAUGACGAAACCGACUUGGACCAAUUGUUGGCCAACGUCAAGGCCGUCGAAAUGGACGGUUUGACCUGGGGUGCCCACCAAUGGAUCCCCGUUGGUUUCGGUAUCAAGAAGUUGCAAAUCAACUUGGUCGUCGAAGACGCUAAGAUCUCGUUGGACGAAUUGCAACAACAAAUCGAAGAAGACGAAGACCACGUCCAAUCGACCGACAUUGCUGCUAUGCAAAAGUUGUAA